CUGCUCGCGUUAAGAGCUUAUCAGCAGGACUGGACAGUGAGUGUGAUCAUACAGCCGCGUCACUAGGUGGCGGCGCUGGGCGGAAAUGGUGAGCACGCGCUUCCACACCGCGCUCGAAGAAGAAGAAGAAGACGAAGAGGACAGCUUUCCGCUAGCGCGCGCAGCGGUUUCGUCAUGGCGGCGGGACCAAUAUCAGAGAGAAACCAAGAUGCGACGGUGUAUGUGGGUGGUCUGGAUGAGAAAGUGUCUGAGCCGUUGCUAUGGGAACUCUUCCUUCAGGCUGGACCAGUGGUGAACACGCACAUGCCCAAAGACAGAGUAACAGGACAACAUCAGGGUUAUGGUUUUGUGGAGUUCCUCAGUGAAGAAGAUGCUGAUUACGCUAUAAAGAUCAUGAAUAUGAUAAAGCUGUAUGGUAAACCCAUCCGUGUGAACAAAGCCUCGGCUCACAACAAGAACCUGGACGUCGGGGCCAACAUCUUCAUCGGGAACCUGGACCCUGAGAUCGAUGAGAAGCUGCUGUACGACACCUUCAGUGCCUUCGGGGUCAUCCUGCAGACCCCCAAGAUCAUGAGAGACCCCGACACGGGGAACUCCAAGGGUUACGCCUUCAUCAACUUCGCCAGCUUCGACGCGUCCGACGCAGCCAUCGAGGCCAUGAACGGUCAGUACCUGUGUAACCGGCCCAUCACAGUGUCCUACGCCUUCAAGAAGGACUCCAAGGGGGAGAGACAUGGCUCCGCUGCGGAGAGGCUCCUGGCCGCACAGAACCCCCUCUCGCAGGCCGACCGUCCACAUCAGCUGUUCGCCGACGCACCGCCCCCUCCUACCGCCCCUACCCCUGUCAUGACAGCACUGGGAGCGACCAUCCCCAUCACCGGUAUGCCUCCUCCCGGUGCCUUCCCCCCAGUACCCCCACCAGGGUCUCUACCACCGGGAAUGCCCCCCGGGAUGCCCAUGCCCCCUGCCCCAGGCACUCCUGCUUCUCAAGGAGGCUCUGCAGUGCCUCCUCCUGGACCUCCACCGUUCCCUCCAGCAGGCAUGCACCCACCAGGAAUGCCACCUAUGCCCAUGCCUCCCUCUGGACCUCCUGGGAUGGUUCCACCUCCUCCAGGACCUCCAGGAUCCAGCCAGCAACGAGCCCCGCCUCCCCCUGGCAUGCCCCCUCCCCCACAGAUGGGUAUGCCCCCCCGGGGACCAUUUGGCCCUCCCAUGGGUACGUUUACAAUAUCAGGCCCUCCGAUGCCCCCUGGGAUGAGAGGCCCGCCUCCCCCGAUGCCCCCUCCAGGUUACAGCACAGGCCCUCCUCGUCCUCCUCCGUUUGGUUUCCAGAGACCUCCGAUGCCCCCGCGCCCCCCUGCACCACCCCGGGCCCCCAUCAGAGCACCCCUGCCCCCCUAACACACAGAUUUAUUACAGCCACAGCUUGUUGUUUUUUUCUUAUUUCUCAUUCCAGCAGUUUACCGAAGGACAGAACUGUUGGGAGAACCCACCGUGACGCGUUCUCCUCUUUUACUCACUGUUCUUUACUAGGAUUAAAUAAACCUUUUAUACAGAAAGAC